CUCAAUCAUGCACUCUCCGCCUUGCACAAGAAGUCCGAUGAGAUUCAAGCGUUGCAAAGUGCAUUGACACUCGAGCGCGAGAAAACUUCAAAGCUCGAAGCCGAGGUCAAGGCUGCCAGGCAGUCUCCAAGCAUGACUACUCGGGAAGUAAUUGCAUCAAGCGCAGAACCCGUAGGGGCAAUGCAGGCCAAAUCGGCCAUUUCCGAGCUUGCCGACGUGAGCGCAAAGUGGAACCAAGAGCGCAAAGUUUGGGAAGCCGAGCCCGAUCGUGCUGAAUGGGUAUGUGAGAAGAAACUUUGGGAAUCUGAGCGGGAAAAGUGGUCUACAGAGUGCGCUACCAUGGUCGAGGCGCGCGAGGCACUUGUUACAGACGUGACGAGACUAAAUACCUCUUUGGACGCCAUGACUCGCUCCAAGGGUCUGGCUGAGAAGGACCGCGACUUUUUCCGUGAUCAAUAUGCACAGGCUUCUGGUUUCGUGAACGACACUAGAGCAGAGAAUGCUGAGCUGGAGCAGAAGGCCAAGAUUGCAGAAGGUCAGGCUCGCGAUGGAGUUGCUCUGAUCAAGAGCAUGUUCGAGAAUCAAAUCAAGGCGCUGCAAGAAGAUGUCGAUCGAUGGAGGGGUGUUUCCGCCCUUCUUCAGGAGAAAGACCGGCGAACAAAUGAUCUUAUCAGACGCCGUGCUGCCGAGCAACCCGAGCUUGCAGAACGAUGCCGGCAACUGGAGCGUCAAGUCGCUUCGUUGCAUGCUAACCUCAUCGAGCUUGAACGUGUUCAUCAGAAGUCUUCCGUGGAGCGCGACCAGAUUCAAGAUCUGAAAGAAUCCGAACUGCGAAAGCAAAAUCAGAUGCCGGAUCUCCAAUCGGUGCAACUAUCAUAUGCCGAGCUUGAACCAGGUGAAAUCAUAGAGCUAAACGGUCUUUCGGAUCCAGAUACCAGCUCCUUGAGCCAGGAGGAUGUUUUAGGAGCUGAUGUCAGCCUGGAGGAAGCCGAGGAGGAUGAGUGUGGGCUGUAUCCCUGUAGAUGGAAAACCGGCGCCGAUAUAAUCGAUCAAUGCCAGCAGUCCUUCGACUGC